AUGAACUUAGAACAACUCCAAAAGACAGUAGUAGAUGAACCAUAUUGGAAUGACGAAUUGGAGCAUAUAAUAAGGCAGCCGUACGAUCAUUUGGCCUCUUCUCCAGGCAAAAACUUUCGUUCAGAAUUGAUCCGAAUCUUCAAUUUGUAUUAUAAAUUGCCCGAGGACAAAAUUUCCGUGAUAUCAAGGUUUGUGGAAGUUCUACACACGUCUAGUCUUUUAAUUGACGACGUCGAGGAUAGUUCUGAAUGGAGACGCGGUAUUAGGGCGUCUCAUACGGUUUUUGGAGCUCCAAUGACCAUAAAUACGGCAAAUUACAUGUAUUUCUGUGCGAUGAACGAACUGCGAGAAUUGGCUUCGGGAAGGAACGAUUACGUGAUUUUGAAUAAACUGUUGCUCAUUUUUGAUCGGGAAAUGAUGAAUUUACAUCGUGGACAAGGCUUGGAUAUCUACUGGAGAGAUCAAUAUGUCGUUCCAACAGAACAAGAAUAUUUGAAUAUGGUUAUGAACAAAACCGGUGGGUUGUUUAGGCUCACGGUACGGAUCAUGGAAGUUUUCUCGCCAGGUGGGAACGAACACAGGUCUCUUGUGCCUCUCAGCAAUUUACUAGGUAUCCUGUACCAAAUCAAAGACGAUUAUCUCAAUUUGCAAGACGCUACGAUGAUUCAAAACAAAGGAUUCGCCGAAGACGUCUCUGAGGGGAAGAUGUCGUUUCCGAUCUUGCAUGGUAUUCGUUACGGUGCCCAACUUAACGACACCGUGGUGCAAGACAUUUUGAAAUUGAGAACGCAUGAUGAGAGUUUGAAGCGUAAAUUAAUCGCGUAUUUGGAUACCACCAGUGGAUCAUUAGCUUAUACGUGCCAGAGGAUUAAAGAGAUUAGUGAUCUGAUCGUCCAAUCAUAUUUGCCUCGGGAUGAGAGCCACGCCACAGCCGAAUUGCAUGCUUUGAUAAACCAUCUGAGCACCAUUUGA